AAGCAAAAUUUGAAUUAGGUUAUGAAUAAUCAUGAUGUUUGAAAUACUAACGUAACAAAACAUUUUUAUCGAUUGCAUAUGUAUUAAAUUACCAAAUGUAUCGCAAGAGAGCGCGUAUAUCAAUCACAAUUUAGUUAAGAUUUUUAUUUUCUUAUAAAUAAUGAAAUUCAUUCAAAUCAUUUGAAUAUAACGUAUACAUAAAAAUAUUGUUAAAUUAGACAUUUUUAAAAUUUGAGUUUUUCUUUAACAUUUAUAUAUGCAAAAUAUUUUAUUGGUUAAAACAAAUAUGUAUUUGUGAUAAUAGUUUUUUCUGAAAAUAAAUUAAUUUAUUUGUAAAAUUUGUGAUGUCACGCUCGAAACAGAUAGAUACUGAUUAGAAAGAUAAGUAAGAUUAAAGGAUUACAGAUGCAUUUUAUUAAUAAUAAGUGGAACGUAAUUUAAUAAAAAAUAUAAUAUAUUUUUAUCAUUUAUUUUAAAAUUUACAUGUGAAAUUAAUUAUAUAAAUUUUGAAAUUUUAGUUAAAAUAUUUUUAUUGAUAUAAUUUUUUAAUUGAAACAUUUAAGAUUUUUUUUUGAAAUCCUUAUUAUUAUAUAUAUAAUAUGAAUACAACUUGGGAAGAUUUUUAUGCUAUCCAUCCACCACCUCAAGAUUUUGAUCAAAGUGAAAAAUUAUUAAAAGCAUUUGUACAACGACAAUUGAAAAAGAAUAAUAUGGUUGUAUUAAUAACAAGUGGUGGGACAACAAUACCUCUAGAACACAAUACAGUAAGGUUUGUAGAUAAUUUUAGUGCAGGAACAAGAGGAUCUGUAUCUGCAGAAUACUUUCUAGAAAAUGGAUAUUGUGUAAUUUUUGUGUAUAGAGCUAAUUCCUUGGAACCAUUUUCAAGACAUUUUAAAGGACAGAAAAUUUUAGAUAUGAUAGAAAUCAAUAAACAAAAUGAAAAAUGUAUAGUUACAGUUUUACCACAAUAUACAGAAAAUUUAGUAAAAAUAUUUCAUAAAUACAAAGAAACUUUAAAUCAAGAUAAAUUGUUACAAAUCACUUUCACUACUCUUUCCGAAUAUCUUUGGCUUCUUCGAUCUGCUUGUCAAGCAUUAGCGCCUCUUAAAAAUAAAGCAAUUUUAUAUCUAGCAGCUGCAGUUUCAGAUUUUUAUAUUCCAUCUAAUGAAUUGGCAGUUCAUAAAAUUCCUUCUACUGGACCACCAACAAUAUCUCUUCAAUUAGUACCAAAAAUCUUAGCCCCUCUUGUAAGUUUAUGGGUUCCAGAAGCUUUUGUGGUAUCUUUCAAAUUAGAAACUGAAGACAAUCUUCUAAUUUCAAAAGCAAGAGAUGCAUUAAAUAAAUAUAAACACAAUUUAGUUAUAGCCAAUGUAUUGCACACUCGAAAACAGAAAGUAAUAUUUGUUAGUCAAGAGGACAUCUAUAUUAUUUCUCUUACUAAUGAACAAUUAAAUAAAGGUGAAGAAAUUGAGCAAUUGAUUGUUAAUAAUCUCAUUGAAAAACAUCAAAUUUUUAUACAAUCUACUGAACAAUGUGAGUGUUGAUGAACAUUUUGUUUAUGUAUAUUAAAUUGAUAAAAUGCAUUUUAAUGUAUUGAAUAAAUAUUAAAUACAAUGUUGAAUAAAUAUUAAA